UCUCUCUCUCUCACACACACACACACAUAGAGACGACAAUGGCGACCGCGUUCCUGCUCUGGUCCUCCUCCGCCUCCGCAGGGGACGCCGACGCCACCCCGCCGCCGGAGACGAAGGCGCCGUCUACGGCGCCGGCGACGAAGCAGAAGCCGCGCAGGGCUCCGAAGCCCUCCGCCCCGAAGCGGCCGCCGCAGCGCGGCCUCGGGGUCGCCCAGCUCGAGCGCCUCCGCCUCCAGGAGCGGUGGAAGACGACGACCGAGUCCGACCCCUCGUCGCCCCGCGAGAUCCACCCCACCCCCCUCCUCCACCUCCCCGUCCCCUUCCCCGGCUCCUCGCCGCACGCUCCUCCUCCGCCACCCACCGCGCUGUGCUACCUCCAUCGCAGCAGCCUCUCGGCGAAUCUCGGCCUCGGAUUGGCCCCCUCCGCCCAGUCCCUGCUCCACGAUCACUACCCGGCCGAUCGGUGGAGGAUCGCCGCCCCCGACCCCCUAUUCCACCUCCCAGAGCCCCCUUCAAACCAAAAGAUCGCGACGACGAUGCAGUGCUUCUCCGAUCAGUGCGAGUUCUGCGCUACGAAGAAGCGCCUAUUCGGCGAGAAUCCGACGCUCAGCGGAAUCAACGGCGUCGAUUACCUCGAGAUGGACCUCGCCGCCGCCGUGGCCGUUGAUCAGGAAGGAUACGGCGCCGGAUCCCACGAGAGGAAGAGAAAGCCGGCGACGGAGAGGGAGGCGAUAAAGGAGUUCGACUUCUUCCCCGUGAGACGCGGAGAUUCGGAGCUCGCGGAUCGGACGGUGGGUAAUGCAUCCUCUUCCUCUUCCUCUGCGUCCGCUUCUCCCGGCGUUCUCGACCUUUCUCUUAAGCUCUCCUUCUAAACACAAGAAUUUCGUCACACUUUCAAAUCCUUUUUCUCGCUCUUGUUUGAUCUUUCGCGUUCGAAUUUUUAAAUUCCGAAAACUGUUUGUAGUAUCUCGUUUUCUCCGACCAAAAUCUCUUAAAGCUUAA